AUGGGACGUUGUACCAUCCAACUUGUCAUGGGCCCUGCGGGUUCAGGAAAGUCCACAUAUUGCCACGCUAUGCAACAACAUGCCGAAACUUUGGGAGGUCCUCGGAAACGAACGAUUCAUGUCGCCAAUCUGGAUCCAGCAGCGGAGAACUUUGGUUAUCAAAUGGCUUUCGAUAUACGCGAUCUCAUUUCUGUGGAGGAAGUGAUGGAAGAACUCAAGCUGGGUCCAAAUGGCGGCUUGGUAUAUUGCAUGGAAUAUCUGCUGAACAACCUGGAUUGGCUCCAGGAUGCUUUGGACGACUUUGGUGAUGACGAUUAUUUGAUUCUUGAUUGCCCAGGACAACUAGAGCUAUAUACCCAUAUUCCCCUGAUGAGAAACGUAAUCGAUCGAAUGCGAAUGUGGGGAUACGAAUCUUCAAUGAUUGGGGUAUUUUGCAUAGACACAACCUUUGUCUCGGAUACUUCCAAAUUUAUCUCUGGAAGCCUGCUGAGUUUGUCGGCUAUGAUUGCUCUAGAACUGCCACAUGUCAAUGUUUUAACAAAAUGCGAUUUAAUAUCCGAAGAGAAUGUUGACUUGAUUCUGAAUCGAGAAAGUGCUUCCGAAAUAUGGAGUCGAGAACAAGAUCGGAGCUCCUUACUUCCAGCAAAAUUCGAAGACGGGGACGACGAGAGUCGUCGGUUAGAGCGGCGUCGGAGGAAUCGUCAAAGAUUAACCGAUGGUAUCUGCCAACUGUUAGACGACUAUACUAUGGUCAGCUUCCUGCCUCUUAACAUUCGUGAUGAGGAUAGUAUUGAUCAUGUGCUGGCGUGUGUCGACUCGACGGUGCAAUACGGCGAGGACCUGGAGGUUCGAGGGGAAGAUAUUGAUAGAGAGUUUGAAGAAUAG